AUGGCGGACGUUGAAUUUCUUGCCCUCAGUACCAAGCCUUCGGCGCAGCUGAGCUACAGCUUUCAAGCGCCUGAGACGGCCACCACGCCAGUGCUGGUCGUCUUCCUCAACGGUCUGGGACUACCCCAAGCCUUCUGGCAUCCCGUCAUUGCUCAGCUAAAAGCACUCCGCCAUGGUCGCAGCCUCCCCGCCUUCUUGACCUACGAUCGAUUCGGCCAAGGCCAGACCACCGAGCGCGACCCCCAGGAUGCUGGCGCAGAGGAUCCCACUCACGGCCACGACUGCAUGGCCUCCGUGCAGGAUCUGCGCCAAUUGCUCAUCCAGAUUACCGGCGAGAAGCUGGGCGUCUCCGACGUGGACUCCGUCUCCUUAAUCUUGGUCGGCAACUCCAUCGGCUGCGCGCUGGCCCGUCUCUACGCUCAAGAAUAUUCCGGUACCGUGGCUGCGCUGUUGCUGCUGGACAGCGUCCUGGCCAACUCUGACUUUGUCUCCGUCUUCCCCGACCCGGAUGCCCCGGACUUCGACCCAGCCAGCAUACACCCUAUUCCUGUGGAAGCCAUCCGCGCUGUGCGGGCCGGCACCCGUCGCGUCUUCCAUCCUGACGUCGGCAGCAAGGAAGGGCUCAGCCGGCGGAACCUGCGCGAGUUGCUGCCGGCCAGCGACGGACCCUUACUCCGGGGUCCCGACGGCCACGGCCCCUAUGUCACGAUAGUGGGCCAUGACUUCGACACCUUCGCCGAGGAGUCGGCCCAGAUGGGUCCGCCCAAGCCGGUGACCAACCGCUUCGUCAACCCAUACUGGCAGCGCUACAAUGAGGGACUGGCCAAGAUCACGGAACCCGAGUUUAGCAAAGGCCCCAUCCUCGCGCCGAACUCGGGCCACUUUGUGCAAAAAGAUAACCCGGAGUUUGUGGUGCAGGAGCUAAACAAGCUGCUCGAGAAGGUUCUCUAG